AUGUUGCGCGAAUUUUUACUCAUUCCAAUUGGAAUGAUAUUAAUCAUAUUAUGGAUCAUUUCGUUGCGUCGUUCCAUUGAAAAUGUCAACAUUCAACGAUCUUUCAGUCAACAAAUUCAAGCAAAAGAUUUUUUUAAUGCAACAACAACAAAAGUAAGUAUGGAAGAAUUGCUGCUAUUGGAUAGAGCUGAAACAGUUAAACGAAAGCUUCCAUUGCUAUCAGCUUAUAUUCUGGAGGAUGAAAUAUGCAAGCAGUUACUAAUGAGCUACAAAUAUUCAAAAAUGCCUCAAAUUAACAAAUACGUGGUAACCGUUAAUAGAAGCAGCGAUAAGCAUUGGGAUACUUCCUGUAAAGCUAUCCGUCAACGAGGCUUUUAUCCUGAAAUGCCAUUUUCGAGUGCUGAAAAAAACUUCCCAAUUGCCUUCAUUAGAAUUGUUUACAAGGAUUUUCAUUUGCAAGAACUUCUUUUCAAUUUAAUGUAUGCACCACAAAAUUUUUACUGCUAUGCAUUGGAUGCUAAGUCCACGCCACUAUUUCAUUCACAAAUGCGCAAUUUGUCAAAGUGUUUUCCGAAUGUAUUAUUAACCGAACGAGAAUACGAGGUUGAUAGUGCAGGUCAUAACAUGUCACGCAGUUUUCUGGAAUGCUUACGUGUGGUACGAAGAUUACUAGGCUGGAAAUAUGCUAUCCUAUUGCAGAAUAAUGACAUACCAUUGAAAAGCAAUCGAGAAAUGGUGCAAAUUUUGAGUGCUUUAAAUGGAAGUAAUGAUGUCAACAUAGGAUAUCCGAAUGCAGAUCGUGUACCUAAUGGCGCUCCUUGGACUUUUCGAGCACUUACACUUUUCAAUGAUGAGAAGCAAAACGAUGAUCGUAAGUUACGGAUAGCAAAAGGAAGUACGUCGGCAUCAUUAAGCUAUGCAUUUGUAGAAUUCGUUGUUGACAAAUUGAAUCUAACCAUUUUGCUUGAUAAAUUCGAUCGUCUAAGUUACGGUGUAGAUGAAAUGUUAUUUCCGUCAUUGAAUUCCGAAGAUUCUUUAGGUGCACCCGGUGGAUUUACGCGACAGUGUAUUGAUGUUUACAAUAAUAUGAUCACCAGAUACGUAGUGUGGAAAAAAUCCACGAAAAAUUGUCGAAGUGGUCAGUAUCGCCAUGAUAUUUGUAUAUUUGGUAUUGCUGAUUUACCCACAAUGGCUACUUCUAGAGCUUUAUUUGCUAACAAAAUGCUUCCGGAAUAUGACUAUACUGCAAUCGGUUGCUGGGCUCAUUCCCUUCAUAAUCGAACUUACUCUGCUGCUAAAAUUAUGCCUAUAAAACUUAAUUAUUAUGCUAAUCGUUUACCGGUUCGAUUUCAUAACGAACGAGAAAGAUGGAAAUUAAACUUAUCAGCUUUUAAUUGCUCUUGUUGUUAA